AUGGAGGCUGUGGAAGCUGAUGGUGUUGACGGCGCUCCAGCGGCUACUGAUGUUCAGAAGACGAUGAAGAGAGCCGAGCGCUUUGGGAUGCCUGUCCAGCUCUCUGAAGAAGAUAAGCGCGAUUCUCGUGCAGAGGGAAAUCCUAAUCUGCUACAUAGGAUUGCAACGGUACUUGAUUUACUAGCAUUUCUUCUAGAUAUGGUCUGGCCAUAUCUACCUAUACUAAAAGAGGCCAAGGCAAAAUCACUGUUCACACCGGAACCCUCACACACCGACUGCAGAUCUGCUGAAAAACACCCCUUCGUGCCCAUAUCCGAGGAUAAAAAGAUCCUUGAGGUGGAGCAUUUAUUUGCAUAA